AUGGCCUCCGGACUCUUUUUCGACCCUCGUACACUCAUUUUCGACCACCGUACACUCCUACGUACCGCCCCACUCAUAACCUCCACCUGCACGCUCUGGUACUCGCUCGACCAGGACUUCUUCCUGAACGCCUUCCUCCACCCGAACCACCGCACCCGCAGCAAUGAAUUCCUACCAUCCUAUUUCCGGGCCUUCUUCGGCUUCGGCACUGCGCGCGUACUAGCCCUUCUCACGCUGACCUUGACCGGAGGUGGAUAUAAUAUCUUGACGGAGAAACGGUCGGGAUUGGGUGGCUCAGCUUCUCUACCUUGGUAUACUGCCGGCACCAUAUUAGCUGCCAGUCACCUUCUCUUUGUUCCUGCUGUUGCGCCUAAGGUUCAGGCCGUGAUUGAGGACUCGUCCAAGGGUUCAUCGACGAAGGAUCUCGAGGGUUGGUUGACUAUCCAUCGUGUGCCCAAACCCUUAAUGGCGUCACUUCCAAAGUUAUCUACCCUCUUCACCUGGGCCCUUUACUUGAUCCCAGUGUAUAUCUUUAUCCUCGACCCGCUAGUGCGCGGGUUCUUCCCGACCCUACUGGCACCACCUAGAGAUAGCGACCUCUUCGAUGAUUCUAGCGCACCAGGACCAGGGAUCAACCUUACCGACGACAGCUUCAUCAGCCCGGAAGAUGGCGUACCAUUCAACUGCCCCAGCACAGAGGGAUACCGCGUGCAUCUCCUAUCGCGCGAACCGCUGAUCAUCUACAUUGAGAACUUCAUCUCGGAAACCGAAGCAAACCACAUCCUAGAAAUGAGUGUUAACAAAUAUACCCCUUCAAUCGUCUACGAUGGCCAAACUGAACGGGUAGACCCCAACAAACGCCUCUCCGACCGCGCCCUCCUCGACCGCGACGACACAGUCCGCUGUCUAGAAGACCGCGCCCGCGCCUUCCAAGGCUGGCGUCCGGAUCUAUACAUUGAGCGGAUGUGGGCACAGCGCUACAAUGCCUCCGGUCACUACCGCCACCACUAUGACUGGGCCGGGUCGCUAGCGCGGGGCGGGGACCGCUUCAGCACGUUUAUGGUGUAUCUCGAUGCGGACUGUGAGGGUGGCGGGACGAAUUUUCCGCGGCUGAGGAUGCCGGAUGGGGAAGGGUGGUGUCGAUUUUUGGAGUGUGAUGGGAAGGGGGAGAUGGGUGUCACAUUCAAGCCUAUCAAGGGUAAUGCGGUGUUUUGGGAGAAUCUGAGGGCGGAUGGGACGGGGUAUCCUGAGACUUGGCACGCUGCGUUUCCUGUUACGAAAGGGACGAAGGUUGGAUUGAAUGUGUGGAGUUGGUAUCAGCCAAAGCGGAGGAAUCGCUCAGGAAGGUGA